UACCCUGCAUGUCUCUGUCUCUGCCUUCUCUGCCAGUCUCUGGUGCACCUACUCCCUAGGUCUCUAUCUCUCCAAAUUUCUGUCUCUGCCUCUCUUUCUGCCACACUGCCUCUCUCGGCAACUCCCUACCCCCUCUCUUUGAACUUCUCUGUCCCAUUCCAUCUUCAGUUCUCUCCCUCUGGCCUCCAGCCCCCGCCACCGUUCUGUGUCCUGGUCUUCCUCCGGGGUCUGCAGCUUGCUCUCCCAACUUCCACCUCCGCCUACGGCUUCGGCGUUGGCGGGCCACGGGCUCCCCCGUGUGGCUAUCAGGGAGCAGUCGCGAGAGACCCGAGGGCUGAGUGUGGAUGCCCGCAGGCAUGUGCCUGAAGCUGGAGAGACACCGUGGGUGCCCCUGGGUGACACCGGGGAAUGAUGUGUGACGCCAAGAGACUGUCCAUGUCCAACAACAUGGCCAAGAUCGCGGAGGCCCGCAAGACGGUGGAACAGCUGAAGCUGGAGGUGAACAUCGACCGCAUGAAGGUGUCGCAGGCGGCGGCCGAACUCCUCGCCUUCUGCGAGACGCACGCCAAGGACGACCCGCUGGUGACGCCGGUACCCGCCGCGGAGAACCCCUUCCGCGACAAGCGCCUGUUCUGCGUUCUGCUCUGAGUCUUCCUGACCGCUUACCCGCCCCUGCCAAACUAUGGAUCCAAUAAACGUGGUGACUGUGGUGGGACCCGUGCUUUGGGGGAAUGUGAGGCACGCCCAGAACUUGGGACCGUCAUGGAGGAACCUGCGUCCCUUCUCAUCUCUUCUGAGUGUGUGUGGAAUGUGUUGGGGGGCGAGGAUUCGCGGGGUGUGUGUGGGCGCGAGGCUUGCACGGGAGGAAAUGCGCUCUCUGGGCUCUGACCUCCACAGAGCACUCCACGAUCCUGAAUUUAUUUAAUCAUUUCCAUAGCCCCAGAAGGCCGCUGGCUGCUUGUAUAGUACCCAUUUUGCAGAUGAGGAAACUGAGCCAAAGGAGGUCCCUUAUACCAAGUCACAGAGCUAGGAGGUAAUGGGGUGAGGACCAUGGCCUCCAGCGCUGAAUCUCCGAACCCCCUGAGCUGGCCUCUCUCCUCUCUUGGGCUGUAGAUUUUUAGGAGUCCCUGUGCCCGUCGCCCCUUUCUCACUUCCCUGAAUGACCAACCCCUGCCCCAGGCUUCUUACCUCUGUCCUUAGCACUGAUCUCUGUUUGUUGUUCAUUCAUUUCUGUGGUAGCUGCUGUGCGACCAGUCUCCUUGGGUAAAGCUAGGAACCUGGUUGUGACUGAGACAUCCCUGGCCUUGCCCUCUUGGGACUCAGAAACCCUUGGGAGGGAGACAGACCUAUUCCCAGAUAAUGGUGACCCUGAGCGGUCAGGGCUGGGGUGGGGGAGCUCAGAGGGUAUACUUGACUUAGCUUAGGAAUCAGGGAGGACUUCCUGGAGGAGGGGACACCUGAGCUGAGACAGGGUGAUAAUAAAACUUGGGAA